CGACACGUCGUGAUAGGAUGAAUAAACGACAGUCGUUGAAGCGCUUCAUUUUCGUUACCGUUGACUGUUGGAGUGGUGGUGACAUGGCAAAAAUCAGCACCGGUGUGGAAAUCCCCUUAUCGUUAUUGUCAUCCUCCUCUGACAGACUUAUUCUCCCUUUUCCAUCUUCGCUGAGAAGAGAGAGAGAGAUAUGCGAAGAGCUUGGAGUUAGAGAGAGACCAAUUAAUUAUCCUCGCAUCCAAACAUGUCCUGCAUUCACAGCUACGGCUCCAUAGCUUCCUUCUCUGUUCCCUCCUCGCCUUCCUUUACACGAAGAUCCAGAUGCGCCUCCAAGCCUAAGCUCCUCUGUGCACUCGGAGGGAGUGUGGCAGAACCCAAAGUUACCUCUGUUGCUGAGCCGCUUUUGCUCAAUGCGGUUCGUGGGGACGAUGUUGAAAGGCCCCCAGUUUGGCUCAUGAGACAAGCAGGGAGGUACAUGAAGAGUUAUCAAACUCUCUGCGAGAGGUAUCCGUCGUUUCGAGAAAGAUCUGAAAACGUUGACCUUAUUGUCGAAAUUUCUCUACAGCCCUGGAAGGUUUUCAAGCCUGACGGAGUCAUUUUAUUCUCUGACAUUCUUACUCCUCUCUCCGGGAUGAAUAUACCAUUUGACAUUGUAAAAGGCAGGGGUCCUGUAAUAUUUGAUCCUCUGCAUACAGCUGAGGAUGUUGAUCAAGUAAGAGAAUUUGUUCCUCAAGAGUCAGUUCCAUAUGUUGGGGAAGCAUUGACAAUCUUGCGAAAAGAGGUAGAUAAUCAGGCAGCAGUGCUAGGUUUUGUUGGGGCUCCUUUUACCCUUGCAUCGUAUGUGGUGGAAGGUGGUUCAUCAAAACACUUCACGAAGAUUAAGAGAUUAGCCUUCUCUCAACCGAAGGUCCUCCAUGCAUUACUUCAGAAAUUUACAACUUCGAUGACAAAGUAUAUUCGAUACCAAGCUGAUAGUGGAGCUCAAGCUGUUCAGAUUUUUGACUCAUGGGCCACAGAGCUCAGCCCUGUUGAUUUUGAGGAAUUCAGUCUCCCAUACUUGAAGCAAAUUGUGGAUGGUGUGAAAGAGACCCAUCCAGAUCUCCCUUUAAUCCUUUAUGCAAGUGGAUCUGGGGGUCUGCUUGAGAGGCUGGCUUUGACGGGUGUUGAUGUAGUUAGCUUGGACUGGACUGUUGAUAUGGCUGAAGGUAGACGACGACUGGGACCAAAUAUAGCAGUUCAAGGUAAUGUGGAUCCUGGUGUUCUUUUUGGUUCAAAGGAGUUCAUCACCAGCAGAAUAAAUGAUACGGUGACGAAAGCUGGUAGAGGGAGACAUAUUUUGAAUCUUGGCCAUGGCAUUGUAGUAGGUACACCUGAGGAGAAUGUUGCUCAUUUCUUUGAGGUUGCUAAAGGAAUCAGAUACUAAAAAUUUUAUUUAGAUUGAAUGAAUUUCUGCUUAGUUCAUUGAGCUCCUUUCUUUGUAACUUUUUGUUCCAAUUUUAUCCCUUGUUAAAUUAAUUAUACUGGUCUUUGUAAUUUGUUGAGGCCUUCCUUUUCUAUUGAGGCUAUUUAGAAAUGCAAAGCCUUUCUGUGCAACUCCUUAAGCAGGGACA